AUGUUGAAUCCAUUUCUAUCCCAAUGGGAGCAUCUCGAGCAGCAGUUUCCUGCCAUUCUCCCCGUCUUCCACCCGCUUUACGACUGCUGCAACUACUGGCUUCGUCUCCCCGCACGCACACACACACACCCCACCGCUUCCUGUCUUACUGGUUCCUGUCUUACUGUCCCUUUUCCAAGAAUCUUGAUGCUCAACCUUCUGUCAUUCUUUUUUCUCUCUCCUCUCUUCUGUCAUUCUUUUUCUCUCUCUCUCUCUCUCUCUUCUUCUAAUCUCUCUCUCUCUCUCUCUUCUGUCAUUCUUUUUCUCUCUCUCUCUCUCUUCUGUCAUUCUUUUUCUCUCUCUCUCUCUCUUCUGUCAUUCUUUUUCUCUCUCUCUCUCUCUUCUGUCAUUCUUUUUCUCUCUCUCUCUCUCUCUUCUGUCAUUCUUUUUCUCUCUCUCUCUCUUCUGUCUUCUUUUCUCUCUCUCUCUCUCUUCUGUCAUUCUUUUCUCUCUCUCUCUCUUCUGUCAUUCUUUUCUCUCUCUCUCUCUUCUGUCAUUCUUUUCUCUCUCUCUCUCUUCUGUCAUUCUUUUUCUCUCUCUCUCUCUCUUCUGUCAUUCUUUUUUCUUUCUCUCUUCUCUUCUUUUUCUCUCUCUCUCUCUUCUUUUUUUUUUCUCUUUUCUGUCAUCUCUCUCUCUCUUCUGUCAUUCUUUUUUCUCUCUCUCUCUUCUGUCAUUCUUUUUUUCUCUCUCUCUCUUCUGUCAUCCUUUUUUUUUCUCUCUCUCUCUCUGUCAUUCUUUUUUUUUCUCUCUCUCUCUGUCAUUCUUUUUUCUCUCUCUCUCUCUGUCAUUCUUUUUUUUCUCUCUCUCUCUCUGUCAUUCUUUUUUUCUCUCUCUCUCUGUCAUUCUUUUUUUCUCUCUCUCUCUCUGUCAUUCUUUUUCUCUCUCUCUCUCUCUGUCAUUCUUUUUUUCUCUCUCUUCUGUCAUUCUUUUUCUCUCUCUCUUCUGUCAUUCUUUUUUUCUCUCUCUCUUCUGUCAUUCUUUUUUUCUCUCUCUCUUCUGUCAUUCUUUUUUUCUCUCUCUCUUCUGUCAUUCUUUUUUUCUCUCUCUCUUCUGUCAUUCUUUUUUUCUCUCUCUCUUCUGUCAUUCUUUUUUUCUCUCUCUCUCUGUCAUUUUUUUUCUCUCUCUCUUCUGUCAUUCUUUUUUCUCUCUCUUCUGUCAUUCUUUUUUCUCUCUCUCUCUUCUGUCUUUCUCUCUCUCUCUCUCUCUGUCAUUCUUUUUUUCUCUCUCUCUUCUGUCAUUCUUUUUCUCUCUCUCUCUCUCUCUUCAUUCUUUUUUUUUUCUCUCUCUCUCUUCUGUCAUUCUUUUUUCUCUCUCUCUCUCUCUCUUCUGUCAUUUUCUUUUUCUCUCUCUUCUGUCAUUCUUUUCUCUCCUUCUCAUUCUUUUCUCUCCCUUCUGUCAUUCUUUUCUCUCCCUUCUGUCAUUCUUUUUCUCUCCCCCUUCUGUCAUUCUUUUUCUCUCUCUUCUGUCAUUCUUUUUCUCUCUCUUCUGUCAUUCUUUUUCUCUCUCUCUGUCAUUCUUUUUCUCUCUCUCUCUCUCUCUCUCUCUCUGUCAUUCUUUUUCUCUCUCUCUCUCUCUCUCUGUCAUUCUUUUUCUCUCUCUCUCUCUGUCAUUCUUUUUCUCUCUCUCUCUCUGUCAUUCUUUUUCUCUCUCUCUCUCUCUCUCUCAUUUCUCUCUCUCUCUCUGUCAUUCUUUUUCUCUCUGUCAUCCUUUCUCUCAUGUAUGGCUGAUUUUACUGACAUGCAAAUCUCUGAGCAACGUUUGAUUGCUUACACUCUCAUUCUCUCUCUCAUUCUCUCUCUCAUUCUCUCUCUCAUUCUCUCUCAUUCUCAUUCUCUCUCAUUCUCAUUCUCUCUCAUUCUCAUUCUCUCUCAUUCUCUCUCAUUCUCAUUCUCUCUCAUUCUCAUUCUCUCUUCUCAUUCUCUCAUUCUCUCUCUCUCAUUCUCAUUCUCUCAUUCUCAUUCUCUCUCAUUCUCAUUCUCUCUCAUUCUCAUUCUCUCUCAUUCUCAUUCUCUCUCAUUCUCAUUCUCUCUCAUUCUGAUUCUCUCUCAUUCUGAUUCUCUCUCAUUCUGA